AUGAUUGCCAUUGGCCUGGAAGGCUCAGCUAACAAAUUGGGAGUAGGUAUUAUCUUGCACCCCGACGAUGGCGGCGAACCGCAAGUCCUCGCCAAUAUUCGUCAUACCUAUGUCUCCCCGCCCGGAGAAGGAUUCCUGCCAAAGGAUACAGCGAAGCACCACCGCCAGUGGGUAGUAACCCUCGUCAAAGGUGCAUUGAAGGAAGCGAAAAUUGGUGUUGAUGAUGUUGAUUGUAUCUGCUAUACCAAGGGUCCCGGGAUGGGCGCUCCGUUACAAAGUGUAGCAUUGGCGGCGCGGAUGCUAAGCUUACUCUGGGGGAAAGAGUUGGUCGGAGUUAAUCACUGCAUUGGACAUAUUGAGAUGGGUCGCUAUAUCACCGGCGCGCAAAAUCCAAUUGUCCUCUACGUAUCUGGCGGAAAUACCCAAGUCAUCGCUUACAGCUCUCAACGAUAUCGUAUUUUUGGGGAAGCUCUUGAUAUUGCGGUGGGCAAUUGCCUUGAUCGUUUUGCUCGCACAUUGCAUAUUUCUAAUGAUCCCGCACCCGGAUAUAAUAUUGAACAGCUAGCCAAAAAAGGGAAGAGGUUGGUUGAGCUGCCCUAUACAGUGAAGGGAAUGGACUGUUCGUUUUCAGGAAUCUUGGCUACCGUGGACGGGCUAGCUGCGGCGUAUGGAUUGCGUGGAGAGCAAUCAGAGACGGAAAAUGUUGACGCCGAUACUAAGAAAGCAGCCCUCAAACUCAAAGUCGAUUCCCUGGACAAUGAAGAGGGUGGUACGCCUACCCGAGCGGACCUUUGCUUUUCCUUACAGGAAACAGUCUUCUCUAUGCUUGUCGAGAUAACAGAGCGUGCAAUGGCACAUGUCGGUUCCAGAGAAGUUCUUAUUGUUGGUGGCGUGGGAUGCAACGAGCGGUUACAAGAGAUGAUGGGCAUUAUGGCGCGCGAUCGAGGCGGAAAUGUAUUUGCGACAGAUGAACGUUUCUGUAUUGACAACGGAAUCAUGAUCGCACAGGCAGGAAUUCUGGCUUAUAAAACAGGAUUCAGAACAAAGCUGGAGGAUUCGACCUGCACGCAGAGAUUUAGAACUGAUGAGGUCUUCGUGCAAUGGAGGAAUGAUUGA